AUGGGGUUCAGUGAAGUCGCACGUCGACUCAGCACAAGGCACGUGCCAUAUACCGAACGAAAAAAACAGGCCAUUUGGGCUGGCUCGACUACGGGAGUCCCAUGUUAUGAUAUCGGGCCGUGCGCUUCUUCGUGCAACGAAUUAGAGCGCGUCAAACUAGUUCGAUAUUUUAAUAACAUCACAUGGUUGAACUUGAGACUGUCAAAUGCAGUUCAGUGGUGUCAUGGAAGUGCAGCUGCGCUGAAAGACGAAGGUUUGCUGGGAGAUCACGUGCAAGAGGACGAGUGGGCUCAGUACCGGGGUGUUCUCGACAUAGAUGGGAACGUGGAUGCUUGGGGGUUGAGGUGGCGACUGGAAAGCGGUAGUGUAGUUUUCUUGGUGAAGUCAUCAUACGAGCACUUUUUUAGCAACUCACUUGUCGAUGGAACGCAUUAUGUACAUAUGUAG